ACCCCGGCCUCUCAGCCUCCCCAACAGACAUGGCCCCUUAUGAACGAAGGCUUCCCCAAAACCCCAGUUGAGCUGGAGCCUGAGCCAGAGCUAGAGGUGCUGCUGACACCAGUGUUGGAGGCUGGUGAUGCGGAUGAAGGCACUGUAACUCGGCCCCUCAGCCCCACAAGGCUGCAGCCAGCAUUGCCACCUGAGGCACAGUCGGUGCCUGAGCUGGAGGAGGUGGCACGGGUGCUGGCGGAGAUUCCUCGACCCCUCAAACGCAGGGGGUCCAUGGAGCAAAGCCCUGCCGUGGCCCUGCCCCCCACCCACAAGAAGCAGUACCAGCAGAUUAUCAGCCGCCUCUUUCAUCGUCACGGUGGGCCAGGGUCUGGGGGACCUGAGCCAGAGCUGUCCUCCAUCACUGAGGGAUCUGAGGCCAGGGCAGGACCCCCUGCUCCUGCCCCACCAGCUCCCAUAUCACCCCCAGCCCCACUCCAGAGCAGCCCACCAGAGCAGCUGCAGAGCAUG